AUGUAUGCUAAGAUGGAACAACAGCGACUGAACUUUAUUAGAUUCAAUCAAGAUACCUUACGAGCUGCUGUUUAUAGCGGCCUUCAAGAUGCAAUUCAGCUGAACGACCAUGACAUUAGUGCAAUUGGAAAAAAGGUUAUAUUGCCUUCAACAUUCACUGGUGGCCCAAGGUUCAUGGCUCAACUAUAUCAAGACGCUAUGAAUUUGGUCAGAAGAUUUGGCAAGCCAGAUUUAUACAUUACGUUUACCUGCAACCCGGCGGCCUGGCCAGAAAUAACCAGAGAAUUGCUUGAACAACAAAUCUCAACUGACAGACCAGAUCUUUGUGCCAGAGUUUUUCAUCUGAAGCUGAAGCUUUUCAUUGAGGAUGUUGUAAAAAAGUCUGUUCUGGGAAAAGUAAUUGCAUAUGUUUACUCCAUUGAAUUUCAGAAACGGGGGCUACCUCAUUGUCAUAUGCUGUUUAUAUUGCAAGACCAGGACAAGCCAACGACCACUGAACAAAUCGAUAGGAGGAUUGUAUCCGCAGAAAUGCCUGAUCCUGCUUCAAACCCACUUGCAUAUGAAACUGUGGCUAAUAGCAUGAUUCACGGUCCAUGCGGUCUGUUAGAUCCGAAUGCUCCCUGUAUGGCGAACGGCGAAUGUUCAAAAAAUUACCCGUACCCAUUCAUGGACGAAACGACUAUCAACCCAGAAGAGUCAAGCAAAAUUAUAUACAGAAGACGAUUGAUGACUGAUCGUACAAUUUCCAGGCAUAGUGGAAGAAUUACUAUUGAUAAUUGUUGCGUCGUGCCUCAUAAUUUCUAUUUGGUCGCUAAAUACAACGCACACAUCAACAUGGAGAUUUGCAGCCAAGUCAACUCGGUCAAAUAUAUAUACAAAUAUGUAUACAAGGGCCAUGACAGAGCACAGGCCUUGAGUCGUACACUUCCAAAAACAAUCCUGACAGCUUGGUUCAAGUACAAUAUCAAAAAUCCUGAAGACAACGAAGCUAAGCAAACUUUGUAUCCGGACUUCUGUGAAAAGUACGUUUUUCAUCAACAACAGAACCCAAGAGUUUGGAGACCUAGACGUUCAGGUUUUGGUAAAGCCAUUGGCAGAGUCUAUGCUGUAUCUUCAAAAGAUAUUGAAAAGUAUCAUUUAAGAAUUCUUUUGUAUCGAAUUCCAGGAGCAACAUCCUUUACCUACAUGCGAGCGUACAAUAGCCGCGUCUAUCCGUCUUAUCAGGCUACUGCCAGAGCAAUGGGUCUUCUUCAAGAUGACAAUGAAUGGAAUAAUACCAGGUCAGAAGCAAGCAUCACUAUGUCACCUCAAAAAAUACGGCAACUCUUCUGUAUUCUGCUCUCCUUCUGCGAUGUUUCUGAUCCUUUUCAGCUAUGGUUGAAUCACAGAUUGCAUCUAGCCGAGGACUAUUUGUAUCGUAGGCAACAAAAGGCAAGAGCUCUGAAUCAACCUGUUCCCACUGAAAUAACAGAUGAGAUGUAUGACCACUGCCUUCUUGAUUUAAAUCAAAUUUUGGUUGCCAACCAAUUUGAUUUGAAAACUACGAAUGGUUUCAAGGACAUUUUCCCUACUGUUGAUACCAGGGAUAACUAUGCUUACCCUGAGGACUCUACCCCGUUGGAAAGGAUGCAUGCCACUCUGCUAAUUGAAGCCUUGGAAGCUCCUGACCCAAACUCAUUGCCAUUCAAUCCAAUCCAAACUGUUUUUUUUAUUGACGGGCCUGGUGGUACUGGGAAAACUUUCAUCAUCAAUGCUUUGUUAGCUGCCGUCCGCAAACAAAAUCAAAUUGCAAUUGCAGUUGCUUCAACAGGAACGGCGGCUCUGCUGCUGAAAGGAGGUCGAACUGCCCACACUACCUUUAAAAUCCCCAUCGACACCUCAUCUACAACAAUGUGUGAUUUUACACCAUCCUCUGAAAUAGCUCAAUUCAUCAAGAGAGCCAGGCUGAUUAUAUGGGAUGAGUGUUCCAUGAUUCGAAAAGACUUAAUUGAAACUGUAGACAGAACCUUCAAAGACAUGAUGAAAAACAGCUUACCUUGUGGUGGCCGCUUGAUCGUUUUCGCUGGCGAUUUUCGCCAAGUUCUCCCAAUCGUCCCAGGUGCAAGUAGAUCAGGCAUUGUGUCUCAAUGUAUCAACCGCUGCUGCUUUUGGCCACAAGUUAGAAAAUUCAAGCUGGAAACUAACAUGCGAGUGCAGCAAGCACUUGAAGACAACAAUCAGGAUUUAGCCAACCAGCUACAACAGUUUUCUAGCUAUUUACUACAAAUUGGUGAACGAAAAGUUAGAACGGUGACAUUACCUAGGGACAUUAUUCCUUCGGAUUUUGUGCGUAUCCCAGAUGAAAUGUAUUUCAAUUCUACCAACUUGCUGGAUUUGCUAGCUGUUGUGUUUCCAAACAUCAACAAUAGCUCAACGAUUGACCAUUAUUUUGCAAAACGUGUUAUAUUGACCCCAAAGAACCAAGAUGUCUCAGUCAUAAACAAUCUGCUACUUGACAACUUGCCGGGAAGAAAGUUCACUUAUUACAGCUAUGAUCAAGUCUGUGAUCCUCAAUUUCAAAUUCAGGUGCCUCUUGAGCUUCUCAACUCCAUAGAAUCUGGUUCUCUGCCUCCACAUGAAUUGGUUUUGAGAGUUGGGUCUCCAAUAAUGAUCUUGAGAAACUUAGAUCCUUCAGCCGGAUUAUGCAAUGGAACCAGGCUAAUCGUAAAAUCUUUGGGUGUUAGAAUAAUUGAAGCCACCAUUGCCACAGGGCCAAAAGCAGGUGACGUUGUGUAUAUCCCAAGGAUCAAGUUUAUCACAGAAGCCAACCGAAGAAUUCCCUUCGACUUCAGUUGCACCCAGUUUCCUGUGAGAUUGGCCUUUGCCAUGACUAUAAACAAAUCAUCGCAGGGUCAAACAUUAUCUAACGUUGGAUUAUAUCCUCCCUCUCACGUCUUCUCACAUGGUCAGUUGUACGUCGCAAUGUCAAGGAUCAGUAAGCCAUCAUCGAUAAGAAUCAUGGUUGAUCCUGAUAUUUCUGUACUGGAAAACGUACCUGGCCACUAUACACACAAUAUAGUAUACUCUGAGGUCUUUCAAUAA